AUGGAGAACGGGGCCGCUUCCGAAGGCAAGGAUCCUUCAACUUUCCUUGGUGAAAUUAUUGGAUCGCCGGUUGUCGUGAAACUCAACUCGGGCGUGGUGUAUGAGGGUGAGCUUCAAUCAGUCGACGGCUAUAUGAACAUUGCUCUGGAGAAGACGGAGGAGUUUGUCAACGGGCAGCUGAGGCGGAGUUAUGGCGAUGCCUUUGUACGCGGAAACAACGCUACCGCAGAACAACAUCACGCCCGCCAACAGACUGUCGUUUACUGCAUGGAAUAUUGUCCUCCUGAAGUCAUGAGAGAGUGGAUGGAUGUUGUUUUAGAUGAGUUUCUUAAUCACACACUCGAAAUGGCCAAGUACCAUGGGUACCGCAAACUUUUCCCUACUCUUUUGAACAUCAACUGCAAGACGAUUUUCACGCCGACCGAUCAGACCAUCAUCGCGGGGUUUCUCAGUAUCGCAAUGUCCCUCCAGGCGAUCAAAUACGACGGCAAGCAGCUGCUGAUCAUAGAUCAACUGCAGCUUCCUUUUCUCGAGGAAUACGUGAAUAUUCAAUCUGCAAAGGAUGGAUGGGAUGCGAUUAAAGAGAUGCGCGUGCGCGGCGCCCCUGCUAUUGCAAUUGUCGCUAUAUUGUCUCUAGCCAUCGAGUUGCGAGCCUUCCUCGCCGACAAGAACAAGUCAGCUGGAGAUGUUGGGAGCUUUGUCAUCGAGAAACUUCAUUAUCUGGUGACCAGUCGGCCAACCGCGGUCAAUUUGGGAGAUGCUGCUCACAAGUUUGAGCAGAUGGUGAACAAACAAAUAGCAAAGGAGGGUUCAACAGGUGAAAGUGUCGCCAGCGCGUAUUUCCAGGAAGCAGAAAAGAUGCUUGCCAACGACCUGAGCGAUAACCAGAGUAUUGGAGCGCAUGGAGCAAAGUGGAUACUUGAGAAAACAGGAAAAACCACGGUCAAUGUUCUCACCCACUGCAAUACAGGGUCACUGGCUACUUCAGGUUACGGGACAGCCCUGGGAGUCAUCCGAUCCCUUCACUCCGGAAAUGCGCUCGGCCGUGCCUAUUGCACUGAAACCAGGCCCUACAACCAGGGUGCGCGGCUUACGGCGUUUGAAUUAGUGCACGACAAGAUCCCCGCGACACUGAUCACCGACUCGAUGGCCUCGGCACUGAUGAACGAUCCCAAAGCAAACGUGUCGGCUAUCGUUGUCGGGGCAGACCGAGUGGCAGCCAAUGGAGAUACUGCGAACAAAAUUGGAACAUAUGGCCUAUCGGUGCUUGCAAAACAUCAUGGGGUGAAAUUCCUGGUUGCAGCGCCGCGCACAACAAUUGACCGAGCAACAAAAACAGGAGCAGAUAUCACAAUAGAAGAACGAGCGCCAUCCGAAGUGACCGUCAUCAAGGGCCCUUUGCACCGGCCCACGGCAGAGACGUUGCAGAUGGAAACUGUCAAAGUUGCUGCGCCGGGGAUAGACGUGUGGAACCCCGCAUUUGAUGUCACGCCGGCAGCCCUCAUCGACGGGGUAAUCACAGAAAAGGGCGUUGUGGAAAAGGGAUCGGAUGGAUUCUUUCACUUUGAUUCGUUAUUCGACGAGGAAGCGUAG